CAAUUCAUGUAUAACAGGGGCGCUUUCAAGAAAUUCAAAAAGAAGUGAGCACCUAUAUCAAGAAAAUUGGUUACCAGCCCAAAUCGGUGGUGUUUGUGCCAAUCUCUGGAUGGCAUGGGGAUAACAUGAUCGAGCCAAGUACUAAAAUGUCGUGGUUUAAAGGAUGGGCCAUUGAAAGAAAAGAUGGUAACGCAAGUGGCAGGACCCUUUUACAAGCUAUUGAUUCGAUACUUCCACCUGCUCGCCCAACGGAUAGGCCCCUACGUUUGCCUCUUCAGGAUGUUUAUAAGAUUGGAGGUAUUGGAACUGUUCCGGUGGGAAGAGUAGAGACUGGAAUAAUCAAACCAGGAAUGGUGGUCACAUUUGCUCCACAAAAUCUGACAACGGAAGUUAAAUCUGUGGAAAUGCACCACGAGUCAUUGAGUGAAGCAUUUCCAGGAGACAACGUUGGAUUUAACGUAAAGAAUGUCUCUAUCAAGGAGAUCAAACGUGGAAACGUAGCCGGGGACAGCAAGAAUGACCCGCCAAAGGGAGCGGAAAGUUUCUCCGCUCAGGUGAUCAUCCUCAACCACCCGGGUCAGAUCAACGCUGGCUACAGCCCCGUUCUUGAUUGUCACACUGCCCAUAUCGCCUGCAAGUUUGCCGAAAUAACCGAGAAAAUUGAUCGCCGAUCUGCUAAAGUUUUAGAAGAAAAUCCAAAAUUUGUAAAGUCAGGCGACAGCUGCAUCGUUGAGAUGAUUCCAUCAAAGCCGAUGUGCGUGGAGAGUUUCUCCGCGUACGCUCCUCUAGGCCGCUUUGCUGUUCGUGAUAUGAAGCAAACUGUUGCUGUGGGGGUCAUCAAAUCGGUAAAAAAGAAGGAGGUCUCGGGUAAAACGACCAAAGCUGCUGUUAAAGCAGGAGGCAAGAAAUAAACCAGUCCUCAACACUGGUAGUGGUCAUCUGUUUCAGAAAAUUAGUUUAAUUAAGACAAUUAAACACCUAUUUCUUUUCAUUUUAAAGGGCCUAAGCUUCAAGUAGUAUGUAUGAAUAUAUAUUAUCCUGUAAAUUCCUUAAAAAAUCGAUGUAAAGAUUCGACACGUUCAGAAAAUAAGGAAGCAAUUGCCUGGACGAUUGAAUUUGAUCGAUAUUUGUAUUACCAUUUCCUUUCUUGCAAACAUUUUCAAUGUUAAUUUCUUAAAUUUAAGGCGUUUUAGAAUAACAUUUUUUUCCAAAUCGUGAUUAUUGAAAAACAAGGAUAAGAAUAGUUCCAAUAUCUGUAUAUGUUUUGUGGAACCAAGCAUAUUAUAGUUCAAAUGAAAACUUAAUCUGUAAUAAUUUUGUUCUGGCGGUAUUAUUUUUUUAUUUUUAUUAUCAUCAAUCAAAACAAACUUGUAUUGAUAUUACAUUAUAAAAAGAUUAAAAACAUGACCAUACAAUGGAAAUAAAAAAAUAAUGCAGAACGUUUUGUGAAUGUUCUCUGUAUCAUAUAAAGGAGGGGGAUAUUUUAUUUUUCAACAUGCUGCUUCGUCUUUUCCCUGUCGUAAUAGCCUCACAUGACUCCUGCUUUCAUUUAAAAUUGAUCAGCGGACUCAAGAGGGAAACUUUGCAGAAACAUACAUAUAUAAGUCAGCGGAACUGGACUAAACUGAACACCUUACUCUGGAGAUUUCUGUUUUAACCCUCUGCUCUGAAAUUAUACAAACAUUAUUGUUUGUUAAUAAGACUAUCGGUAUAAUCCACAGGUGCUUACAUAUAAACGUUAAUCAAAAAAUAAAAUGAUA